GAUGAGACUGCCCUAUAUUCAUGCCCUUGUCAAAGAUUGACUUCUAAAGACUUAACGUUGAGUGAGGAAGCAGCCCAGAUCAGAAGGAAGAGGAAAGCAGAGGAUUCAGGAAUGGCUUUUACUCAGGGACCUUUGACAUUCAGAAACGUGGACAUAGAAUUCUCUCAGGAGGCGAGGACAUGCCGGGAACCUGCACAGAGAGCUUUGUACAGGGAUGUGAUGUUGGAAAACUACAGGAACCUGGUCUCUGUAGGAGUCUCUCUUCCUGACCAGACUAUCAUUUCCAUAUUGGAGCAAGGGAAAGAGCCCUGGACUGUGGAGAGCCAAGUGAAAAUAGCAAGAAACUCAAAUAGAGGGAAGUGGAUUAAAGGAGUGGACACAGGAAAGAGCCCAGAUAUCUUUCCUAAAUGUGUGAUCAAGAAAUUACUACCAACAGAGUACAGAAAUAUGGGAGAAAAAUUCCUAACAGUGAUGGAAAAACAUGAAAGACCUGACCUAGAAGAUUUUUACUUCAGGGAAAUGGACAAAAAUAUAUGUGACUCUGAAUUUCAAAGCAGAGAUGGCAGGAGAAAUUAUAAAAGGGUGCCAGUGACCCAUAAGAACAGUCUCACUGGUAUAAAAGAUCAACAUGAUACAGGGGAUGCAGAAGAUAAGCUUAUUGAAAAUCAGCUUAGAUUAAGUUUUCAGUCACCGCUGCCUGAACUGCAGAAAUUUCAAACUGAAGAGAAACUUUAUGAAUGUAAUCAAAUUGAGAAGACAAUGAACAAUGGUUCCUCAGUUUCACCACUUCAAGGGGUUCUUCCUACUGUCCAAACCAACAUUUCUAGUAAAGAUGGGAAUGAUUUUAUGCAUCAUUCAUUACUCACCCAAGGUCAAAAAACACACAUUAGGGGAAAACCUUACAAAUGUAAUGAGUGUGGCAAAGCCUUUCAUCAGAACUCAUCGCUCACUAUACAUCAGAUAAUCCAUAUGGGAGGGAAGCCAUACCAACGUGAUGUAUGUGGGAAGGUCUUCAGUCAAAAUUCAAAUCUUGUAAAUCACAGAAAAAUUCACACUGGAGCGAAACCAUACAGAUGUAAACAAUGUGGCAAGUCCUUUAUUCAGAGUUCCAACCUUGCAACUCAUGAGAGAAUUCAUAAUGGAGAGAAACCUUAUAAAUGUAAUGAGUGUGGCAAAGCCUUUAAAUGGAGCUCAUGCCUCACCACACAUCAGAUAAUCCAUAAGAAACCAUGUAAAUGUAAUAUAUGUGGCAAGGUCUUCAGUCAAACAUCACAUCUUGCAAAGCACUGGAGAGUUCAUACUGGAGAGAAACCUUACAUAUGUAAUGAAUGUGGCAAAGUCUUCAGUCAAAAUUCACAUCUCACCAGGCAUCAUAGAAUCCAUACUCCUUACAAAUGUAGUGAGUGUGGCAAAGCCUUUAAUCCGAGCUCAUUACUCACCAGACAUCAGAUAAUUCAUACCAGAGAGAAACAUUACCAAUGUAAUGAGUACAGCAAGGUCUUCAGUCACAAUUCAUCCCUAGCACGCCAUUGGGGAAUUCAUACUGGAGAAAAACUUUACAAAUGUAAUGAGUGUGGCAAAGCUUUUAAUUGGUGGUCACUCCUCACUAGACAUCAGAUAAUCCAUGUCAGAGAGAAACCACAUAAAUGUGAUGUAUGUGGCAAGGUGUUCAGCGAAAGUUCCUGCCUUAUAAGACAUUUGAGAAUUCAUACUGGAAAAAAACCUUACAAAUGUAAUGAGUGUGGCAAGGUCUUCAGUUACAGUGCAAACCUUUCAAUUUAUAGAAUUCAUACAGGAGAGAAACCUUUCAAAUGUCAUGAAUGUGGCAAGGUCUUCAGCUACUACUCAUGCCUAGCAUGUCAUCAAAGAAUUCAUACUGGAGAGAAGCCUUACAAAUGUAAUGACUGUGGCACAGCCUAUAGUGAGCGUUCAAGCCUUACUAAACAUCAGGUCAUCCAUAUGGGAUCAUCCACUGGAUAUCAGAAACCUUACAACUGUGAUGAAAUUGGCAAGGCUUUUAUCCAAAGUUCAAAACUUAUAAGACAUCACAGAAACUUUACUGAGGAGAAACCACACAAAUGUAGUGAAUGUGGUAAAACAUUCAUUCAUAGGGCCAGCCUGGAGUACCAUCAAAGAAAACAUACUGGAGAAAGGCCAUACAAAUUUAUUGAAUGUGGCAAGGUCUUCAAUUCCACUUCAAACCUUGCAAGUCAUCGGAGAAUUCAUACUGGAGAGAAACCUUACAAACGUAAUGAAUGUGGCAAGGUCUUCCAUCAUCGCUCACCGGCACAUCAUCAUAGUAUUCAUACUGGAGAGAAACCUUAGAAAUGUAAUGAAUAUGGCAAAGCCUUUAGGGUGCGUUCAAUCCUAGUUAAUCACCAGGUAAUGCAUACUGGAUUGAAACCUUAUAAAUGUAAUGAAUGUGGUAAGACAUUUAUCCAAAGAUCAAAACUGGUGUACCAUCAGAGGAAUCAUACUGGAGAGAAGCCAUACAAAUGUACUGAAUGUGGAAAGGCCUCUGGGCAGUGGUCUUACCUCAGUAAACAUAAAAGAAUUCAUUCUGGAGAAAAACUUUAUAAAUGUAAUGAGUGUGGCAAAUCAUUUGUUAGCCACUCAGGCCUCACUAAACAUCAGAUAAAACACACUAAAGAGAACCUUACAAAUACACUAAAUGUGACAAAGCCUUUAGACAUUGUCCUAACUUCUGGGUUCAUCAAAGAAUUUAAACUUACAUAUGCAGCAAAUAUAGCUUAGUGUGUACUACUUACUAGACUUAAAAAUAUACAUCUUAGAAAGAAAUCACAGAAAUAUGUAUAGGAAUAAUUAUACGUAGAGGUCAAAACUCAUAAUCUAGGGUGGCACCUGUGGCUCAGGAGUAGGGUGCCGGCCCCAUAUACCAGAGGUGGUGGGUUCAAACCUGGCCCCAACGAAAAACUGCAAAACAAACAAACAAACAAACAAAAAAACCUCAAUCUACAGAAAAUUCAAAGUGGAGAAAUGUUAUAUAGAUGAAUGUGGCAAAACCAUUAGCCAUGUUCACUCAUUACUUGACAGGAUUGAGUUCAUACUGAAGGAAAAUCACAUAAGUAUGGCAGAGGCUUUCCUCAGGGAUCACAACUCACUGGAUAUCAGAAUAUACAUGUUUGAGAGAAGCCACACAAAUGUAAUGUGCAUGCUAAGCCUUGUACCCAAAGAUCAAAACUGAAACAUCAGAGUAUACUGGAGAACAACCUUACAAAUGUAAUGUAUGUGGUAAGGCGUUUACUCAAGUAGUCAUACCUCAGGGGCUGAGAGAAUUAGUAUAAGAGGGAAAUCAUACAAACAUGCUGAACAUAAGAAAGCUUUUAAGUAACAGUGUGUUAUUAGGCUUUACCAAAUUAUUCAUACUAGAGAGAAACCUUAUAAAUGUAAUGAAUAUGGUAAAUUUUUAAACCACGUCUGAUAACAUUACACAUGCUAGGAGUAACCAAGUCUACUUUGCCAAGAUUGACUUAAAACAUUACAUGUUGCAGAAUAACUAUAAGCCAAAAUAUGUUAAAACUCAUGGCAUUAUGUAGAUCAGAUGCAAGAGCAUGUGUGGAAAUGUCCAGUUAUCUUCAGUUUAUAAAAUACAGUAUUCAGUUUGAGGUUUUGUGAGAAGCCUACUUGCUAUUUAUGACCUGCAUUCUUAAGUUUGAACUCAAUAUGCUUUUCUAUACCUUACAUGCUUUUUGUUGUGAUUUCUGGGAAUGAAUCAAUAAAAUGAG